AUGAAACCAUCUAAACUGCAAGAUCAUCUGAGAAGAUGCCACCCUGAUAAAACAGAGAAAGAUUUGAAAUGCUUUCAAACACUCAAAGAUAAAUUUCAGAAGAGACCUACACUGGACAGAAUGUUCGCUUCGACGUCACAAAGAAAUGAUGAUGGUUUGCGGGCGUCUUACAAUAUCUCGUUACUUAUAGCAAAAUCCGGAAAACCGCAUACUAUCGGAGAGAAGUUAAUUUUGCCAGCCGUUGAAGAGGUUUUAAAAACUGUUUUACACAAACCUGCAUCUGAUAUCAUUAAAAUAAUUCCCUUAAGCAACAAUACUGUUGAAAGACGUAUUGAUGAAAUGAGUUCUGAUAUUGAAAGCUUCUUAUGUAAUUAUUUGCAAACGACCCAUUUCUCUAUACAACUGGACGAGUCAACUUUACCUGAUAAUGCAGCAUUAUUAUUGGCAUAUGUUCGUUUUAUUAUGAAUCAAGAAAUCUACGAAGAACUGCUCUUCGCAAGAACUUUGAUAACCGACACUAAAGGUUUUGAAUCUGGGUUUGAGGAUAUUUUGACUAUGGUAAUACCAGUAAUACCACCGUGGAUAAUUAAUCCAUAUGGUGACAUAGAAGAAACGAAUGUCAUAAUACAAGAGGAACUGAGUGAACUAAGUAUAAACGAAGAACUUAAGGUUCAGUUUAAAAACGGAUAUCAGCAAUUCUGGCUACGAAACAACAUACCCGUUACUUAUCCCUUCAGUCAGCCAAGGAACCAACAUUAUUUAGUUGCUUUAAUAAGUCAGACACCAGAUACCAGACACCAGAUACCAGACACCAGAUACCAGAUACCAGACACCAGACACCAGAUACCAGUCAUCGGAUACCAGACAUCAGAUACCAGACACCAGACACCAGAUACCAGACACCAGACACCAGAUACCAGACAUCAGAUACCAGACAUCAGAUACCAGACACCAGACACCAGAUACCAGACACCAGAAACCAGAUACCAGACACCAGACACCAGAUACCAGAUACCAGACACCAGAAACCAGAUACCAGAUACCAGAUACGAGAUACCAGAUAAUAGAUACCAGAUACCAGACACCAGACACCAGAUACCAGAUACCAGGUACCAGAUACCAAACACCAGAUACGAGAUACCAGAUACCAGCCACCAGAUACCAGAUAAAGAGAUAACAGAUACCAAAUACCAGAUACCAGACACCAGAUACCAGACACCAGAUACCAGACACCAGAUACCAGACACCAGAUACCAGACACCAGAUACCAGACAUCAGAUACCAGACACCAGAUACCAAACAUCAGAUACCUGA